GCGCACACCGUUCAUGUGUGUAGCGUGAGAUGCAAAUGUUCAGCAAGUUCAACAGGAAAUCAACUUCGGCUUCCUGGUUUGGACAACAACACCCUGGUAUUUCCUUCCCGCCCUCUCUGUUUCCAUUAUUAUCUCCACCACAGUCAUCUUUUUCCUUUCCUGCGCCGCUACCACCUCCUCGUCCGAGCCAACCUCCCUGGCGCCGUUGCUUUGCCUACACGCCGCAAUCAUAGCGCGUCUACAGCUUUGCCAUGUUUCCUUGCUGACCACCUUAUCGAUUUGCCAUUGAGCGCAAACGCCUCGCCGUCCAACCCGACACAGAGCUCACCAUCGCCGUCGUCCUCUGCCACACCACGACCACCGCAGGCAGCGCUUAACCGAAGCGUUUCAGUCAGUGAGCGGGGCUCAGGAAAUCCCGGCGGUAAGUUAUCGCCCACACGCGCGCACGCGCAUCUCUGCGCACACCUCUCCAGUAUCGCCGCUAUUCACGAGAUCUAACUAUGACUGUCCUUCAGACCCGAGGCGAUCCGUUGCGGGCGUGCCCAUCAGCGGUGACAAGGGAUCCCUUGAGACCUCCGGCGGCAGUGGUCUCGGUCGCUCCCAA